AUGGUGGAGACAAGUUACGGAAUUGCACCGGCGCGGUGGGCAACAAGAUAUUGGGCGGUAGAUCUGGCUUUGUUGUUAGGGAUCAGGCGUGUUUGUUUUUUUCUGUUGAGUUUGGCCACAAGCGACAGUUUGUUUUCACCAUUUUCAAUAUGCAUCAAACAAAGACUAAGGUUAAAUGGAAAUUUUCAGACAAGUUUUUAUGAUGAGAAAGAUUUGGAGUUAAUUUUGGUUUGGAUUAACCAUCCUGGGAUUAUGAGUCCUUUGGCGAAGUAUCACAGAUCAAAACCAGGCCUGACUGAAUGUUUUGAAUUGUUUCUCAACAAACGUGAGCUUUGCAAUGCUUAUACUGAAUUGAAUGACCCUGUAGUACAACGGGAGAGAUUUGCUAAUCAACUCAAGGAUCGGCAAUCAGGUGAUGAUGAAGCAAUGGCCUUGGAUGAAACAUUUUGUACAGCUUUGGAGUAUGGUUUGCCACCAACUGGUGGUUGUGGUUUGGGUAUUGAUCGGUUGACCAUGUUAUUGACUGAUUCACAAAAUAUUAAGGAGGUCCUGCUCUUCCCUGCCAUGAAACCACAAGAUUGAGCUUUGAACCAAAGCUGUUAGAUAUUGUCUCAAUGAAAUUAUUUACUGGUAUGAU